AGGCAGCCGAAACCAGUAGAUGGUUGGAUAGAUGUGUAGAAUAGAAUGUGAGUGAGUGAUUGAGUGAAUGAGAGAGGGCAUGCGUUCGACGUGCACAAACACACAGCGAGAGAGAAAGAGUUCGAGUGAAUUGAGAGAACGGGGAAGAGAAAUAAAGGAGCAGAAGAAGGAAAAGAAGAAGAAAAAAAAAAAUAAACGAGAAGAGACAAAUAGUUCUGAAAGCUAGCAGCUGAACAUGAAACGGUUGUUGAGGCCCAAUGCCAACUUAAAGUCAAUAAAUUCUUAUUUGUAGAGUACAAGACAUCAAAACAAAAACAGUGUUCACACAUUUCAAAAAGAAAAAUGUAUUCUUUUUUAUUUAUAUUUUUUAAUUAGAUUAGUUUGUAGUGCAUAUAAAUAUAUUUUAUAAAGAAAAAUUUAGUUUUUUUUUUGUUUAUCGAUUAUCGUGUGUGUGUGUACCGUUCGGUUUUUUAUUUACUCUGUCUUCGACCCGUAAAAUUUAAGUGAAAUGGCCUCAGUAAGGUAAAUCAAAGAUUCGAUAUAUAUGCGUAUAGAUUACAUUGUAGAGUGUGUAUAUCCGGUACAUGGUACAAAAAUGAAUUGACAUGAGAUUUUCGGAACAUUUUGCCUUGUGUCUUCCGACACUCGCCGUAAUUUUAUUUCGUGUAUCGAUGACUGUGUGUGUUUUUGCGUAUAUACAAAAAACCAAUGACCCGUGAUUCAAACAGUGAAUCCUUCGUGUGUUUAAUAGAAAAACAAAUCAAAUGUUUAUUUUUUCGAGCGUAAAGGAGAAGAACCCAAGACAAUGCAAAAAAAAUAAAAAAAUUGGGCGUGACGUAUGAACAACAUAAACCAAUAUUUCGGAAGCGGAAUGAACGCGCUUGACAUUUGCUACGGUUUAAAGAAUUUUCUGAGAAUUUUGGUCGGUGAUUCAUUUGUGAGGAUGUUUCGCACACGGAUUUGUCGUUGCGAUUCCAGAAAUCAAAAGAAAAUAGGCACAUGAGGAUUUAAUUAAAUCGCAUCCGUUGCGAUUGACAAUGCGCCAUAAGACAAUAGCAUUCGUCGGUGCUUGCUUGCUCCAACAUUGCCAUUGCCGUUGCCGCUGUCGCUGGUUCUACUGCUGCUGCUGCUGCUGCCAUUCAUUCGCAUUUUGGUAUUGCCUACAUACAUCGUGCAAGUAUUUGCCCCAGAGUGUUUGUGUGUAUGAAGCAACGAUAUAAAAUUAAGUGCGAUUUAAAGAGAGAUGAAGAAUUAAAAAAAAUGUGAAUCAAUUUGUACAAAUGAAAAAUGAAAAAAUUUAUUUCGAAAAAAUAAUACAAAAACAACAAAAAAGUGAAAAUAGAAAAUAUCGAGUGAAGAGAAGAAACUAAAAAUAGGGAGAAAAAAAUGCUAUCACACGGACAAUCAAGAAUCGAAUGGGUGGAAAUAAUCGAACCUCGUACGAGGGAACACAUGUAUGCCAAUCUAACGACGGGCGAAUGUGUAUGGGAUCCACCAGAGGGAGUGAAUAUCAAGCGAACUGACGACUCACAGUGGUGGGAGCUGUUCGAUAAAAAUACGAAACGUUUUUACUAUUACAAUGUUUCGUCGCAAACGACGGCCUGGCAUCGUCCAACGAAUUGUGACAUAAUCCCAUUGGCCAAACUGCAAACGCUCAAACAAAACACGGAUCCAAACGAUGCACGCGAUGAUUUUCCGGGCUCAUCAAAUUCGAAAUAUGGCACGGAUCAACGAUACGAUGACACAAAUCGUUCGCAUGGUUCGGCAAGCAACACAUCAAAUAUUUUACCACCACCGAGCGCACCUGAAUCUCGAAGCGCCGAUAUCCUAUCUCACAUAUCGGAACGACACAAUAGCUAUAGUCGCCUGUCUCCUGGGGACUCUGCUUCCACAGGCAAAACAAAAUCUCAUCGUUACUGCCGGCACGCUCAAGGCUCAACUCCAUCGCACGGUGGAAAACCGAAUCUAGACUCGGGGAAAUCAAGUGAUUCCAGUUUAUCGAGUAGUUACAGACAUGGUCACGAUAGCGGCAGCUUACGCAUGGAUCAACGAUCCAAGCACCUAGCAGACAAUACUUAUCGAAAAAUGCAAGAAAGUUCCAGUUCACACAGUAUUCCCCACGUAGCAUUAUCAUCGGAUUCGAAAGCACCGUCGAUAUCCUAUUCAGCAUCACACACAACGGAUAUGAGUAGUGCACAGUCAACGAAUACACCGCAAUUCAAAAAGAAACUGCUAUCGGAGAAGUCACCAUCUUCAUCGGCACGAGAAAGUGGUCACAUUGCAAAACAUCAAAGUUUCGAUUAUGCCAAAAAUUCUCCCAUGGUGUCGUUAGUGCGAUCGGGUAGUUUUAUGUCAACGCCAAAGCAAACAAAUAUUGUUAAAAAAGGUAGCAUCGAUGGCAAUGGUGGUGGUGCAAGUGAUGAUUCCAUGCAUGAAAAAUAUUUCAAAUCAGUUGAAAAUACGCCAGUGUCAAAGCGGCGCAACCAGUCUUUGUCAGCCUGUACUAAUCAAAAGCACUCAAGUGAUUCCAGUCCUCAUAGUCCAAUGAGCCCAAAGAAAAAUACACUGCGAGCAUCAAGGCCCACAGCUCUAUCUAGUACAGCUGAACCAUUUCACUUAUUUAAAUCUAGUCAAGAUACUAAUAACAGUUUAGAGAAAAGUUCCAAACAUGAACGGUAUUUGGAAAAGAUGCGUAAAGAAAUGCCAAAUAAAACUUCUCCUUCCAGUGAGGCCAUUGAGCAUAGUACAUCCGCUGUUUCAAUAAGUAAAAUCAAUAAUUUAUUCAAACCAUCAUCGUCAACAUCAACCAACAAAAGCAGUGCAUCUAGUCAUUACAACUCAAAUUCAAUUGGCAAAAGUUCAACUGGAAAAGAGAAAUCCAAUUCCCACACGCAGUACAUGGAUCGAUAUAAUUCACUGUCCGAGAAACAAGAUCGAAAAACUUCAUCAAUCAAAGCCAAAAAGCAUCAGUCUUCAGCAAAUAGCGAUGUUGAUUAUGUCGAAUACGACAAUGACAAUAUGUCGCCAUUAUACAGCAAUUGGGAUCAAGAAACACAAGAACAUUUGCUCCCACUGCAACAUUAUAUUAUCGAGCAGGCAAAGCUGUCUGGCAGCUAUCACAUGGGCGAUGCGCUUGAUUCUGAUUCGCUGCACUCCGAUAGUCAAUCAGAGCAUUCGUUUUCGGGUCAUGAGCCAGACAAUGAAGAUUCGGAUCAUUCAGAUAGUCAAGGUGACUACUUGGCACACCAUUACAGCACCACUAUGGAUGAUUAUGGCGAAGUUUAUUACAAUGUACACAUCGGAUACGAACGAAACCAAAAACAGGACAAUAUAUCGGAGGAGGUCGAACAUCGUUUGGAAAGAGAAUGCGGCCAAAUCUAUAGUCCAAUCAAAAAUCAUCCAUUUUUUCAACAGCAGCCGCAACCCCAAAGUCAACCGUACAAUUCGCAUCAGAGUCAAAAAAGCCAGCCAAGUCAACAACCACAACCAAAACCCCAGCCACACCAAACUCAAUCAAAAACCGGCACUACUCAAUCGCAACAAUCAAAAAAGUCACAACCAGAAUCAGAUGUUGCCAAUUAUCAAAAAACUCAACCGCAAUUCUCGCAGCCAUACGCUAAUCUACCAAAUGUUACAAAAGCAAUGCCAAGCAAACUACCGCCAACACUUCCGAUCAUGAAGGAAUGCAAUAUUGAAAAGUUUGCCCAAGAUAAUUUGAACCUACACUCGAAGGGUUUGUUCCGAAAGAAAUCGUCGAUACGCGAUAUGCUGAGCUGGACACCAGACUCAAUCAGUCGGCCCAUGUUGGCGGUGUCUAGAGACAAAGCGACCAAGAAAAUGGCAACGGAAAUGUUUAAAUUGAUACAAAUUUAUAUGGGUGACCGUAAGGCACGAGACGGAAUGUCACUCAAUUCGGUCGCGAUGGAUAUCAUAACAACAGCAUUGGCACAACCGCCGCUCCGCGAUGAACUGUACAUUCAAUUGUGUCGCCAAACAACCGAAAAUCAUAUUCGUGGUUCGCUCAUCAGAGGCUGGGAAUUGCUUGCGAUUUGCUUGUCAUUUUUACCACCAUCGCCCACUUUUCAACCAGCUCUACUCAACUACAUGAAUCGUCACCGAGAUCCAACUUUUGCCACAACUUUUCCGGAAGUUGGAAAAUGGCCAAUACACGUACAAGUGUCACAUUAUGCAACUGUAGCUUGUCGACGACUCGAACGAAUCGGUAGCAAUGGUAAAAAACAGGCCAAGAAACCAAACGAAGAUGAAAUCGAACAAUCAAGAGAGCAAAUUAUUCGCAAGAGUAUGUUUGGCAAUACAUUAGACGAAGUGAUGGAAUUGCAAAAAGAUCGCUUCCCAUAUCGUAAAUUGCCAUGGAUUCAAGUGACACUUUCGCAACAGGUUUUACUAUUAAACGGAACACAAACAGAAGGUAUAUUUCGUGUAUCGGCUGAUGUGGACGAGGUUGCCUAUUGGAAGGCACGUUUAGAUCGGUGGGAUGUUCCUGAGCAUAAGAGUACAAUGGAUGCACACGCGCCAGCAAGUCUACUGAAACUUUGGUAUCGUGAACUUUAUGACCCGUUGAUACCGGAUGAAUUAUACGAAGAGUGCGUUGCAACAGAGGAUCCUGAAACGGCAGCGGCAAUCGUUAAUCGAUUACCACCACUUAAUAAAUUGGUACUAACUUAUUUAGUAUACUUCUUGCAACAAUUUUCUCAGCCCGACAUAGUUGCGUGCACAAAAAUGGACUCAUCAAACCUUGCGAUGGUGUUUGCACCAAAUUGUUUACGAUGCACAUCACAAGAUCCAAAGGUUAUAUUGGAAAAUGCUCGCAAAGAGAUGUCAUUUAUGCGUACAUUGAUCAGCCAUAUGGAUACUUCGAGCGUUGUCAAUUUGGAGUAAAAGCGAAAAAAGAGAGAGAAAAAAAAUAUAAAACACAAAAAUCAAGCAAGAGCAUUAUAACAAUAAUUGUACAAUAACAACACGUUGCUAAAAGAAAAUUACAAAUUAAAAUCAUGGAUAAAUAAUGAAUUUGAAA